AUGGGAAAGAGGAAAAUAAUGCAGCGAGUUGACAAUGACAGGUGAGAUCUUUUUUAUCUGUUUGUAGUUUCUCAAAUAUACCAACUGUACACGACAGGACAACUGAAUACUGUCAACAACUAUACACAACUGGACUACUGAAUACAGUCAACAGUGGUACACAACUGACUACUGAAUACAGUCAACAAGCAUACCCAUCUAAACAAUUGGAUACAGUCAACAACCGUGCACAACUGAACAACAAACGAACAACUAAAUACACUGAACAAAUGUAUACAACAACAGUGUAAACAACCCUACAGAACGGGACAACUGAAUACAGUCAACAACUGUUAAAAGAAAAAAGAGCUAGUCACACAAAGCUAAGCAACAUGGGAGAGAACAUAGUAAGAUUACCCCUUUGGAAUAAGACAGACGAACAACUUCGACAAAACAUAACAGCUUUGGUAAUCUUUGCCCCUGUUUCUGAGGCAACGCUUGCGUGGCCUCGUGGAUCAGUUCACUCUCCUUAAAUUACACACAUGUCGGCUGCUGUUUCCCUGUCGUUUUGUAACUUAGUUUGAAUGACUUAUUGAGGUGGUUUAGCUCCCGGCUGAACCUUCGUUGGCGGGCUGUUUUGCUGUAAGAAUCCCUAUUCAAAAAUAGUUUAUGGGGGUAGAAUACAUUAAUGGAUGUUUUUUGUGACCAGGUAUCUUUGAACAUCAUGGAAAUGGUGACCAUCGGAAGGAAGAGAAGAAUUCUUGUGAAAAAAGGUGAGUUUAUUUAGUAGCAAUCACCGGGUGAUAACUUAUGACUAAACAGAACAGCAUUCACUGAGCUUCUGUGUAGAUUUUCCAUAAGUGAAAAGGGAAAUGCUAAAAACCAUUAAGACUGAUGCAGAUGCAGUUAACUGUAGUGUCGUGGGAGAGGAAUUUCUUUUGUAAAAAAUAAGAGGAAAAGAGUCAGAGAAAACAUAGCUACUUUGUUAAUCUCUUUCUCAGGCAACACUUGCGUAGCCUAGUGGGUAAGUUCGCUUUCUUUAAAUUUAACACAUGUUGGCCGCUUCUUCCCUGUCGUUGUUUAAUUUAGUUUGGAUGACUUAUUGAGGUGGUUUAGCUCCCGGUUGAACCUCUGUUGUCGGGCCAUUUUACUUUUUUUCCUCAAGUUCCUAGAAAAAUUUUGACUUUUAAUUUUUGUUUGCCUAUUUUUUUCUUCUUUUUAACCAGCAAGAGAGUUCUAAUAUUUUAGACUCUUUUCUUGGUUAAAGAAGAAGAAAAAAAAGGCGAAAAAAAAUUUAAGUCGCAGUUUUUUCUAAGAAUUUGAAGAAAAAAAAAAUAAAAUGGCCCGACAACGGGGGUUCAACCGGGGGCUGAACCCCCUCAUUAAGUCACCCAAAUUAAAUUAAACGGCGGCAGGGGGGAAGCGGCCGCCUUGUGUUUAAUUUAAAGAAAGUGAGCUUAUCCACUAGGCCACGCAAGCGUUGCCUGAGAAAGAGGAGCAAAAUUAACCUAGAAAUACGUACAGGGUCUAUUGUUCUCAUUGAAUAACGUUGAUUACUCUUAAUUUAUUCACAUCCCGUGCGGAAUGUCAGUGCCUAAAGAAUAUUCAGUGGUAAACAGCAUGUAAUAUAAGCCAAAUGAGUUGACUUGAAUUUUCUCUUUUCUCUUUCUAGUGAUCCACACGGCUACAUGAGAAGAACAGAUUUACACGGUUCUUUUUAG